GGUCACAUGACUGGUUUCCUACCUUAGCAGUAAAUAUCAGGCGAGCUAGCAUCAGCAGGCUAACAGGCUACUCCCUGUGUCAGCAGAACAGACCAUGUUUUAUCACUCGUUAUUUAUAUCAGCCACCUAACAGUCCGGCGGGUUUUGGGUGUGUCGAUAAGCUAUGAACCGACAGCUUUAUUUAGAGUUUUAAAAGGAGGCACGAAAACAAAUCUGUGGUGACUUAGCUCAGCUAGCUUCACAGGUUAGCUCAGCGCUAGCAGGCUGCGUCUAAAGGAGGUCUCGUUGCUGGUGACUAUGCAAGGGGAAACCACGGCGAUCCGGAUCACGGAAAACGAAGGAAAGCUGGAUGUAUUACCCCAGACCAGGACCCCCAGCUCGGGGAGAGCGAGUGCCAAGAGCUGGCAGUAUAGUGACCACAUGGAGAAUAUUGACGGCUAUUUGAUGAAAUACACCAACCUUGUGACCGGAUGGCAAUACAGGUUCUUUGUCUUAAACAAUGAAGCGGGCUUGCUGGAGUACUUUGUCAAUGAGCAGUCACGGCCGCAGAAGCCCCGUGGCAUGCUGCCGCUGGCAGGGGCCGUCAUCUCCCCCAGCGACGAGGACUCGCAUACCUUCACUGUAAACGCCAUCAGCGGGGAGCAGUACAAGCUCAGGGCCACCGACGCCAAAGAGAGGCAGCACUGGGUGAGCCGACUGCAGAUCUGCACACAGCACCACACAGAGGCCAUGGGGAAGAGUAAUCCCCCACCCAAGUCCCGGAGCUACUCCAUGGCGUCUCAAGGCAGCGGCAGCUCGCCCAUGUCCGUGCGCCGGCCCAGCCAAAACCCCAACUCCUUAUUCGGCUGGUCGCAGGUCAACAAGGGCUCGUCACUCUACUCCAGCAAGAGGUCUCUGCUGCCAGACCACCUGAUGGACGCCAGAGAGAUGAUGACGCAGGCCCAAGGCCAGCACAGAGACCUGAUCCAGAGCAUUGAGGGCCUGCCUGCAGCCCCCGGCCUCUCCCCACUGGACCAGGAUCUGCUGAUGCUCAAGGCCACUUCCAUGGCCACCAUGAACUGCCUCAACGAGUGCCUGCACAUCCUGCACCUGCAGCAGGUGGCCAGGCAGAGAGGCUCUCUGGGAGGACCCACCAUCGAGUGGCUGGAGCCCAAGCUGCCGGACAUCCUGAAGAACGGCAGCAGCUCCCUGGGCAGCUUCACGACGGGGGAAGGAGCGCUGGAGGGGAGCCGCCUGGAGCUCAGCAGCCCCGAGUCCUGCAGCUUCUCUGGGGAACAGGAAGACAUCGAUGCGGAGGAUGAGGCGGAGGACUCCUUCACAGACAAGGAGGAGGACCUGGGUGCUGUGGAGGAGGAGCGCAGCGUCAUCCUACACCUGCUGUCCCAACUGAAGCUGGGCAUGGACCUCACGCGGGUGGUUCUCCCCACCUUUAUACUGGAGAGACGCUCUCUGCUGGAGAUGUACGCCGACUUCAUGUCACACCCGGACCUUUUCGUGGCCAUCACCGACGGCAGCAGCCCGGAGGACCGCAUGGUCCGGUUUGUGGAGUACUACCUCACCUCCUUCCACGAGGGCCGCAAGGGCGCCAUCGCCAAGAAGCCCUACAACCCCAUCAUCGGCGAGACCUUCCACUGCUCCUGGAAGGUUCCCAGGAAACCAGAGGAGGCGUCGCAGGGAGGCGACCCGGCCGCCACCCAGGACCCCUACCAAGUACGCUUUGUGGCGGAGCAGGUGUCCCACCACCCUCCUGUGUCCGGCUUCUAUGCUGAAUGCCAGGAGAGGCGGAUGUGUGUGAACACACACGUGUGGACCAAGAGCAAGUUCAUGGGAAUGUCCAUUGGCGUGUCCAUGAUCGGGGAAGGUUGUCUAUAUUUGCUGGAGCACGACGAAGAGUACACUUUCACGCUGCCUUGUGCGUAUGCGCGCUCCAUCCUCACCGUCCCCUGGGUGGAGCUGGGCGGCAAAGUCAACAUCAGCUGCGCCAAGUCGGGCUACUCGGCGAUCAUCACCUUCCAGACGAAACCUUUUUACGGCGGCAAAUUACACAAGGUAACAGCGGAGGUGAAGCACAACACCACCAACGCGGUGGUGUGUCGAGUGCAGGGCGAGUGGAACGGCGUCCUGGAGUUCAGCUACACCAGCGGAGAGACGAGGGUGGUCGACGUCACCAAGCUGCCCGUUACGAGGAAGUGCGUUCGGCCGGUGGAGAAGCAGGGACCAACCGAGUCCAGGCGCCUGUGGCAGCACGUGACAGAGUCCCUGCGGCAGAAGGACAUCGAAAAAGCCACGGAGCACAAGAGGAUCCUGGAGGAGAGGCAGAGGACGGAGGAGAGGCACCGGGCUGAGACCGAAACCGCAUGGAGGACCAGAUACUUCGACAGAGAGAUUCAUGUACUUCUCACCAACAGCUCACCAUGAACCAGAGUGCACGGAUGUCCCCCUCGUCUCUGUGAACGUCCUCCU